UCGAAACCCUAGAACUGAAGAAAUGUCGACGUGGCAGCUACUUUCCGAUCCCGGCGGCGAUAAUUUCCGGUGGGAAGUCGGUGGCCGGAUUCGUCAGUCUGACAACUCCGAUUCUACUACAUCCACGAAAACGAUCGACUCCACAGCUCCUCCUCUACCUUCUAUGGCUGAUCUCUUGCUCCGAGGUUGCUCGAAGCUUAUAGAACGGGAGGAAGCGAUGCCAACAAUGUUUACGACUGGUCUAGGCAAGUCUGUGUCUCUAAAAGACUCUUCGAUUUCCAGAGCCAAAUCGAUUUUAGCAGAUUCAGACAACAACGUUCUUCCCAGGGAGAGUGGGUUUGGUGUUCCCAACACUUUAUUCCAGACAGCUUCUAACAAGAAGGUUAAUGUAUCUUCUGCCGGUCUGGCAAAAGCCAGAGCAUUGUUAGGACUACAAGAAGAUGAUUUGAAUGGGUUUAACCAUGCGAACUGUUCGUCUUCUUCCCAAGAGAAACAUGAGUGGUCUGGGUUGAAAAGUCAUGAUGCUACAUCGGUUCAGCAUCCUUCAGUAACUCCAGGUAGACAAUAUGAGAGUCAUGUAUCUGGGAGGAGAUCUGAUAUGUUGACUCCAGCUUCAAAGGUGCCUCAAACAAAGUUUCAGACUGCUGGUGGAAGAUCAUUGUCAGUGUCGGUUGAGGCAUUGAAACGUGCUAGAAGCCUUCUUGGAGACCCUGAGUUAGGGAAUUUCUUUGAUGAUGUAGCAGCAGAUGAUCAGUUUGUUACGCCACAGAAAGAUGAAAGGUCAGGAGAUAUUGCCAACACAGGCUAUACUGCUCAUAAAGGAACGACAAGCAACAAGCAUACUUCAAAUAGUUUUAUAUCUCCUCUUCAGACAUCGUCAAAGCAAUUUAGAUCAGUCAGAUUGGAGAACAUAUCUUCAGGGGGUAAUUUGAUCAAGAAAUUUGAUGCGGCUGUUGAUGAGACAGACUGUGCUCUGAAUAUAACUAAACCUGCUACACAUGGACUAUCAAAUGACAGGCCCUUAGCAUCAGAUAUGGCAGUGAAUAAUCCCACGAAAAAGGGUUUCAUUCCAAGAGCUAAACAAUUUGGAAGGCCAGCUGACCAGCCACUUGUUGAUAUAACAAAUCGCAGUGAAAGAACUUACGCAAACAAUAAACAAGACAGUAGCCAAAAGAAAAGACUGGGAAAGACGGUCUCUGUUCCUCCGUUUAAAAAGCCAAGGACUUCUUCCUUUAAACCUCCUUUAAUGAACAAUGCUCAGCAUGCUUCAAAUGGUUUGUCUGUCAAAUUAUGUGAUACUCAUUAUUCCAAAAAAGUGCUUUCUACAAGAUUUAAAGAAAGGUCUCCAAGAGUAUAUAUCAAGGAUUAUUUUGGAAUGCAUCCAACAGCUACGAGCAAGAUGGUUUAUGUGCCAGAUCAUGUCAGAAGGAUCAAAUCAAGUAAUGCAGAUAGAUAUGUAUUCUGUGACGAGCCUUCCUCAAGCGUGGUUGGAGCUGAAACUUUUCAUCAAAUUCUGGCAGAGUGUGGUGCUUCCUUACAACAUGCAUCUAGAAAGUGGGUCACCAAUCACUACAGGUGGAUAGUCUGGAAACUUGCAUGCUACGAGACAUACUACCCAGCCAAAUGCAGAAGAAACUUUCUGACAAUUCCUAAUGUUCUUGAGGAAUUAAAAUACAGGUAUGACAGAGAGGCCAAUCAUGGUCAUUGCUCUGCAAUCAAGAGGAUUCUGAGUGGUGAUGCUCCAGCUUCUUCAAUGAUGGUGCUCUGCAUAUCAGCUAUUAACCCAAAGACCGAUGAUGAUUAUCAGGAAACGCAUGGUUCUUACAGUGGCAGCAAUGUCAAAAUAGAACUCACUGAUGGGUGGUACUCGAUGAAUGCUGCUCUGGAUGUCAUGCUGACAAAACAACUGAAUGCUGGAAAAUUGUUUAUCGGGCAGAAGCUUCGAAUCCUUGGGGCAGGACUUUCUGGCUGGGCUACCCCAACAUCACCUCUUGAGGCAAGGACUUCAAAUACGAUUUUUUUGUUGUUGAAUAUUAAUGGGACAUACAGAGCUCACUGGGCGGACCGACUAGGAUUCUGUAAAGAAGUUAGUGUCCCUUUGUCUCUCAAUUGUAUCAAGAGCAAUGGUGGUCCAGUUCCUAAAACGAUAGCUGGAAUCACACGAAUAUACCCUAUUCUGUACAAGGAAAGGUUAGGUGAAAGGAAGGCAAUAGUUCGAUCAGAGAGGAUGGAAAGUAGAAUGAUCGAGUUGCAUAACCAGCGGCGCUCAGCUCUUGUUGAGGGUCUUAUUUGUGAGUACGAGAGAGGAAUCAAUGGUGUCCACAGCCAGAACGACACUGACAGCGAAGGAGCCAAGCUCUAUACGCUGUUAGAGACUGCUGCUGAACCUGAACUCCUAAUGGCGGAUAUGAGUAUGGAGCAGUUGACGUCUUUUGCAGCAUAUAAAUCAAAGUUUGAGGCAGCUAGGCAAAAAAAGAUGGAAAAAUCAGUGACAGAAGCUCUGGAAGACGCUGGCUUAGGUGAAAGGGAUGUCACCCCAUUCAUGAGGGUUAGGCUUGUUGGACUGACAAGCUUGAGUUCUGAAGGAAAACACAAUCCAAAAGAAGGCAUUGUAACAAUCUGGGAUCCCACGGAUACACAGAUAACCGAGUUGACAGAGGGGAAGAUAUACAUAAUGAAAGGGCUGGCUCCAAUAAACUCAGAUUCACAAACACUCUACUUACAUGCCAGAGGGUCUACCUCAGGAUGGCAGCCUUUGUCUCCAAAAGCUUCUGAAAGUUUUCAGCCCUUUUUUAAUCCUCGUAAACCGAUCUCUUUGCCAAAUCUUGGUGAAAUUCCUCUUUCAAGUGAAUUUGAUAUCGCGGCGUACGUGGUAUAUGUUGGAAAUGUAUACACGGAUGUUGAACAGAAGAAGCAGUGGGUGUUUGUGACAGAUGGAUCCUUUCAACGAUUACAUUCAGGGGAAAUCUCAUAUAGUCUUUUUGCUAUAAGCUUCAGCACCCCAUCCAUGGAUGACUUCCCCAUUACCCUCUUUAGUCAAAAUCUUGUCGGAUCUGUGGUAGGAUUCUGCAAUCUAUUAAAAAGAGCAAAGGAUACAAAAAACGAUAUGUGGGUUGGUGAGGCGACAGAGAACUCGGACUACUCCGUCAACGCAGAAGAUGCUUACUCUUCUCACCUCAAAACCAGUUGUGCCUCUAUCGAAAAAUGGGCUAAGCUCUCUGCUUCUAACUCUAUCAUCCGUCAACUUCGGCAGAGAGUUCUAUUUAUAAUCGGUGCUUGUAAAUGACCAUCAUGCUCAGAGUGAAUUACACAUCUCUUUUUAAGUCCCUGAGUAGUCCUCCUUUUUUUUCUCCCUCGGAAGUCUAAAUUGUCUAACCCUGAAUGUAUCUAUUUAUAAACAUUUUGCUACAUUUUCGGCAAAUUAUCUCGAAUAUUUGAUCUGAUGUUUCCGAAUUUCUAAGGUCAUUGGAUCCGUGAUAAACAUGAUGAUUUUUUUGUACCGGUAUC